GGGGGCGGGGCGGGGUGAAGAGGUUCAAAUCCCCUGAGAUCCCCCGCAGCCAACCCGCGAGGGGAGGGACACAGAGCGGCGCCCGCCCCGCUCCGAGGCCCGCCCGACCCCGUUGCCAUAGCUGCGCCGGGCGGCGUCCGGUAAUGGCGGCGGGAGCGGCGCGGGGGCCGUGAAGCGGCCUUGCGAGUCGGGCCAUGGUGCGGAUCACUGAAGAACUUCUUAGACAACGUGCAGAGCAUAACAACUGUGAACUUUUUUCCCUGGAAGAAAUCUCCUUGCACCAGCAGGAAAUAGAAAAACUAGAAUACAUUGACAAAUUGUGUCGAGAUUUAAAAAUCCUCUAUCUUCAAAAUAACCUAAUUCCAAAAAUUGAAAAUGUAAGCAAACUAAAGAAGCUUGAAUAUUUAAAUUUAGCUUUGAACAACAUUGAAAGAAUUGAAAAUUUGGAAGGAUGUGAAGAACUGCAGAAACUUGACCUGACAGCAAAUUUCAUUGGAGAACUGUCCAGUAUUGAAAUCCUAAAACACAACAUACAUCUUAAAGAACUCUUUCUGGUGGGGAAUCCAUGCACUGAGUUUGAGGGUUACAGACAGUUUGUGGUGGCAACUCUUCAUCAAUUAAAAUGUUUGGAUAGUAAAGAAAUAGAACGUUCUGAGAGGAUUCAGGCAUUGCAGAACUAUCGACAAGUAGAGAAGCAAAUUAGAGACCAGGAACAGGUUUACCUUCUCAAAAGGGCCAGAGAAAAAGAAGAGGCCCUAAAAAAAAUACAAGAAAAGCAGGAGAAGAAGAAAGAAAAACAAAUAAAACCUAAACCUGGAUUUGACAGACGUUGGUACACAGACAUCAACAACAUCAACCUAGAUCCCCUAGAAGACAAAGAAAACCACCAGCAGAAAGAAACAGAAAAGGAAUACCAAGAAUGGAAAAUCGAUAAAGAUGAUGACGAGGACAGAGCUUUUUGGGAGGAGCCCACACCUUAUACUCCAGAGUCUAGAUUAGAAGCUCACAGACAUCUUGAAGAAAAACGGAGAGUUAAAGAAAAUAUAAGAGGGCAAAAAAUGAAAGAGAAGCCACCUAGGACUUUGAUCACUGCAGAAGGAAAAGUUCUGAAUAUGAAUGAGCCAAAGCUUAAUUUCUUUUUGAAAGAUGAUGAAGAAAACAACCAGUUCAUCCUGGAUCUUGCUGUUUAUAGACAUCUGGACAGCUCUCUAAUUGAUGUUGAUGUCCAGCCAACUCACCUCCGCAUAAUGGUGAAGGAUAAGCCAUUUCAACUUGUGCUUCCUGCAGAGGUGAAGCCAGAUAGCAGCUCUGCUAAAAGAUCUCAGACAACUGGACACUUAGUUAUCAGCAUGCCAAAGGUUCAAGAAAUAAUUAUGGCUAACCGAAAAACACCCGCUUUGGUCAAACCUUCUGACAGCAACAAACUGCAGACAAAUAUAAAAAGGAGGUCCAUACCAACGUGUAUCGGACUUCCCUUUUUAGAAGCAAUAGAUCUUUUCAGCAGAAAGACAAAUGAGACCCCAGAGAUACUCAAGGAGACCAGUCAAGUUUCUUCUUCAGGAAGAAAUAUACCAUCCUUCUUUAGAUACCUGCUAGCACAGUCAUCUCAAUUGCAAGUGUAUCAAACCAAUCUUCCUAAGCACCAUGUGAGCUUUCAACAGGGAGCGAGUUGAGAAACUAGAAGUGGAUCCUAGCAAAUAUUCAUUCCCUGAUGUGGCAAAUAUAAUCCAAGAAAAGGAGCGAACUGGGCAAGGACCUAUUAAUUUGCAGCAACAAAAGGUUAUAGACACUGAGAAUAGUUAUGUUGACUUUGAAGAUAACCA